UACAGCUUUGAGUUACUGUCUCAUGUCCUUUCAUUUCAACUUGAAAGCCUCCCUUUAGCAUUUCUUGCAGGACAGAUCUAGCAGUAAUGAGCUCCUUCAGCUUUUGUUUAUCUUGGAAUGUCUUAAUUUCUCCUUCAUUUUUGAAAGACAGUUUUGCUAGAUAAAGAAUUCCCAAUUGACAGUUUUUUCUUAGAGUGUUUAACUAUACCAUCCCACCACCUUCUAGCCUGCAGGGUUUCUAAUGAUAAAUUGGCUGAUAUUCUUAUUGAGGAUCUCGUGUACUUGACAGUCAUUUUUUUCUUAGACCUUUCAAGAUUUUUUUUUGUCUUUUGACAGUUUGAUUAUGAUGUGUCUUCGUGUCUGUUUCUUUGGGUGUAUCGUACUUGAGUUUGUUGAGCUCUUAGAUUUGUAAAUGCAUGUAUUUCAUCAAAUUUGGGAAGUUUUCGGCCAUUAUCUCUUCAAAGAUUCUUUUUUCCCCUUCCUCUCUUCUUCUGGGCCUCCCAUAAUGUAUAUAUUGGUCUACUUGAUGAUGUCCCGUAAGUCCAUUAGUCUCUGUUCACUUUUCUCUGUUCUUUUUCCUUCUUCGCUGACUCAAUAAUUUCAGUAGUCCUAUCUUCAAAUUUGCCGAUUCUUUCUUCUACCUGUCCAAGUCUGUUUUUGAACCUCUCUAGUGAAUUUUUCAAUUCAGUUAUUGUGCUUUUCAGCCCCAGAUUAUUUCUCUUUGAUUCUUGUUUAUAAUUCCCGUCUCUUCAUUGAUAUUCUGUUCGUAUAUCAUGUUCCUGGUUAACUUCAGUUUCUGUCCAUGUUUUCCUUAGCUCUUUGAGCAUAUUUAAGAUGAUUGUUUUAAAGUCUUUGUCUAGUAAGUCCCAUGUCUGAGCUUUCUCAUGGACUAAUUUGGUUCAUUUGAAUGAGCCGUAUUUUCCUGUUUCUUUGUAUGCCUUGUGAUUUUUUUUGUUGUUUUUGAAAGUUUGGCAUUUGAUUAUAAUGUAACUCUGGAAAUCAGAUUCUCUUCUUACCCAAGGUUUGUUAUUUGUUGAUAUUGUUGAAGGCUCUAGUAGUCUCAAUAUUUUGAGACUUUUCCAAACUAUUUUUGUAAAGACUGUUCCUUGUCAUAUGUGUUCACUGAAGUCUCUUCCUUUAGCUUAUGUUCAGCUAAUGUUUUGACAGAGAUUUCCUUGAAUGCCACAAACUGAAAUAGACAGUCAGCCAAAAAAACCCCCAAAGAACAAGAGAGAGUACCACUGCCUCUCCCAGUCUUUGUAGACUGGCUGUUUGCUGGGGUAGUCCCUUGCCGAUUGGCUCAGCUUGCUCGGAGACCAGAGAUCAGCCUGAGGUGAAAGCCUAACGUCUUCUGAAGACUUUUUUGAGCAUACAUCUUGCCUGGAUGUGGCUUUCUGAAUUCCCCACAUACUUGGCUGCUUUUGAAUAUCCUGAUUUCCCAGAGUUUUACCCCAGCUUCUUCUCUGGUCUUUAGAUGGUUCUUGCAUGUCUCCACCUGUCAUCUCUGCCCCAGGUGUGUGUGGGUCUGUAGCUCCCUUCUAGCUUUUAUGAGCACUGCCUACCGCUUUUCUCUUUGUGUUCUGAGCUCUGUGAGAUCAGAUGAGUGAGUCAGUCCUUCAGGUAACCUCCAGCUAGGACAGAACAGAUGUACAUACUAAUUUGCAAGUGCUGUAUACUCUGCUCCCUCUGGUUCCAGGAGGGGAUCUGGGACUUGGGCUGCUGCCACCUCAGACCAAGACCACACCAUGCCACAGAACGUUCCUGCCACAUGGAGGGCAGCUGUUUCUUGAUUGUGUUUUCUUAGUUGCUGUAAACCUAUAAUUGUUUUUUAAGAGCUCCUACAGAGUUGGUUCAGAAACUUCUGGUUGUUUUCUUGAUAUUGCUGUGGGAGAGGAGAGUUUGGAGCUUCCGAGUUCAUCAUUUUGCUUGACUUAUCAUAAAGUUUAAAUGAAAACAUUUUCUGGAUUGUCUUUGUUGAUUUAAAUUGUUCUUCUAAUAAUAUAGAAAUACUGAUAAGUUCUUAAUGCAUGUGCAUGUAAUUCUUAUACAAAUAUAAAACAUGACUGCCCAAACCUAUAAAAUGCAAAUUAAUGACAUUCAUUUAGUCUAGUGGGUAAUGUUUUGCUGAAACUCAAGCUGCUUCACCAAGUACUUGAGGUACUAGUUACUCAGAAUUUCUUUACAUUUGCCACAACCUAAACUGCUGAAUGCCAUGUGAAUGAUUUUCUACUACUUUUGCCACUUUAUUUCUGUGGCACACCUUCGUGUCACCUGGCCCUCACUGGGCAUGAAUGAAUUUAUGACAUUUUAAAUCCAACUCUUUUUCAGUAGAUUAGGUCAAUUUAAGUAUUGUCACAUGGUACCACUGCACUCUUAAAUCUAUUUGCAGGCGUGGGCUGGUUAUCUUUAAAAUUUUGUGUUUGCGUCUUUUAAUUCUCUCAGGAAGCUUGCAGAUUCCCAGGGCACCACAAACCCCAGUUUGAGAUAGUUGAUGGUACAGACACUAAGACUUGCUGUUAGGAUGAUUUCCUAGAGGCGUGGGGAGCAACCAGCAUGUGGGGUAGGAGACAGUUAUUUUGCGGAAUUGAGAGGGAUGGCCUUAAAAAGGAUGUGAGAUUUGGUCAGUGGGAAGACCUGAUAAAUGGCUCAAGCAAAGACAGACUAUGCUGGAGUUGGUCAGUUGGGUGUGUUUGGGAUGAAAUAGAGAAGAUAAGGAGGAUGGUAUUUUAGAAUGAGAGGCAGUUAUGGUGGUGGGCUGGGGUAGGGUAUGAGGACUUUGAAGUGAUAUUGGGGUUUUAUUCUAAGUAUUUUACUUAAUAUCUUCACAACAACUCUUUAUGAUGGGUACUGGUAUUGGCUCCAUUUUACAAAUGAGAAAACUGAGAUCAGGAGGUUAAAUAAUGUGCCAAAGCUAGACAUGUAGUAUAGCUUCACACGUAGUACAGCUUACACACGUAGUAUAGCUUACACACGUAGGAAAGUGGACUGAGACUCACAGCUAGGGAGAUGAGCUCAUGAGCCUCCCUCUGUAACUGCUGCUCCAUGUAACUGCAACAGGUGAAGGGUGUGUGUCAUCCUGGAUAAAGAAUUGUUUUCAUGUGGAUAGUUUACUCUCUUUAGUGAUACAAAGAGCUGUAUAACUUGUGAGGUCUUGCACUGUUCUGCCCUCAGUUCUUCAUUCUCCUUACCUGUAGAAUGGGGUUAAUAUAUCUACCUUGGGUUGUUAGGAGUGUGAAUUAAAGUGUGUAACGUAAUGAAAAUAUUUGUGUACUUAAAAUUUUGUGGCACAUAGUGCCAUAGAAAGUUAUAAUUAUCAUCAUCAUUUGCUGCAGUUUCAGUACCUGAACUUAAGUAUAUUCAGAAGUGUUCCUGUUAUCUUCAUAUUUAAGUAGAAUUCGUAUACUGCUUUCAUAAAAUAUAAAUAAAGCAUAAAAUAUAGUGUUUUAUAAAAUGGAAGUAGGACUAGUAGGACUAGCCAUAACUUGUAGAUUAAAGUAGACAGAAAAAUGUCUCUCACAGAGGAGUUAACAGGAUUAUUUUGUUUUUAAAUAUCGUAUCAGAACCAUAAUAAGAAAAGAAUUGCUUAUACUGAGAACAAUACUUACAGCUGUGGAUAAGACCAGACCCAUUGUGUGUGUCAGCAGUCCUGGACCACAGUGCCGGGGCUCUUCUUACUACUGCAGGAAGAAAGGGUUUAGGGGCUUUUGAGGGGAUUCCUGGUUAUUGGACUGGUGGGUGUGGAAUUUCUUUCUCUUUUUCUCUUGUUCUGUUCUUUUUCUUAAUUAGAAUUUUCAGACAUCUGCAGAAGUAGAAAGAAUAAUAAAAUGAACCCGUGUACUCAUCAUGAACUUGAACAAUUACCACUCUCACAUUUUGCAACUUUUGUUUCAUCUUUUCCUCCCCUCUACACGCUCUUUAAAAAGAUGUUAUAUAUGUAUGUAUUUACUACUGCUUUAUUUGCUGGGGUGUUUUAAAGCAAAUCUCAGACAAUGUGCCAUUCACCGUAAACAUACCAACAUGCUUCUCUAACAGACACCAGUUCCAGUUGUGCCUAGCACAGUUAUUCCUGAACAUCCACAGACGUCAUUUCUCAAAGGCAGAAAAUUAGGUACAACUAUAAGUACCUAUAAGUUUUAAAGAAAAAAUUUUUUAUUAUUGUUUCCUCUGGGGGGUAUACCUGCUAACUUCAGUUGCCGCCAUACCAUGAAAUACAGUUUAGAGAAUGCUGAAGCACUAGAGAAAGCGAAAGUGUGAAAUUCCUUCUGGCUAGGAUAAUUUAGUUAUUUUUUAUUGAGUUUAUGAGAAUAAGAAAAGUAAUACGAAAAUUUUUGUUGCUAUUCUGACUCCACAUGCUAUUUGGGUUUCAGUGCGUAGAGUAGGAUGGCUGUUAGGCAGGGUCUGUUAUGAUUAGGAUUUUGGAUUUGAGUGGCAGGGACAUGUGACUGCUGUGCAAGGGGUUAUUUUUGGUGUCUGGGUGUCGGCUUCUUGUCAGAAACCAUAGAAAGUUAGUGAGAUGCACUUGUGGAGGCUCAGAAAACGACAGGCGUUAUGUGAGUUUUUCAAGUUUCGAACAUGGGUUGUUGCUUCAGCAAAGAAUUAAGUAGUGAAAAUGACAAUGAAAAAACUGGCCUUUUACAAAAAUCUGUGGAGGAGAAGGAACCGGAGAACAAGAUAAGUAAAACUUUAUCUUCAUUAUUUGAUACCCUUGAAGGUGAGGAGCUUCACAAUGUUGGACAUGGAGCCAGCGGGGCAGCUGCUGGAGCCAAUACACGGACAAGGGCUUGUGCGAGGCCUGGGCACAAACAAGGUCACAGACCAAGACAGUUGUUUAACUCUUUUUCCUCUUCAAUGUAUAAGUUCUUAACUAGGUAUGAAAAUUUAGAUGAGACUGACAAGAACCCAGAUACAGUUGUUAUUGAGCAGGAUUGUAAAAAUGCCUGCGGUACUCGGUGUGUGGGCACUGACAGUAAAUGGGGUUUCUCUGAGAGUGUUUGCUCUGAAGAUGGCGAGUCUCUUUCCUGUGUCCUGGUGCCUUCCUACCAGGGCAUGCGGGAAGUAGCCCUUGUAAAUUACCAUUUGUGCCGUUGCCCAGCCACCUGUGAAAACUCUGUGAUGGAGAAAGAAGUAGCCAUAAAUGUUCGCAUCAGCAGUGAUGAUGAGAAUAACUCUUUAGGUAUGUCUGGUAGGGAGACAAAGGAUGAAAACCGUAUUUGUGUUGAUCACAAACGAUGUAGGAAUUCAAGAGACAGUGAGUUUUACAGUAUUUGUGUUGUAGAUGCUGACUGCCUGGAUGUUGAAGACGAAUUGUGUACUCGGGUAUGUGGAGCAGCUGCAGCAGAAGAGAGUCAUUCAGCUGUCACCUCUGAGGGGACUCGCAGAGGGGCCUGGCCAGCAGAUAACACUGCACAAAGGCCAGGGGAGUUAGAGGCACUGCAGAAAGAGCUGUCCCCAGAGGGCAUGCCGGGUGCAAAUGAAAUGAAGGAAGUCUUUAAUGAGAAAACUAAACUUAGUUCUGAGCUUGUGACUGACAGUGACCCACCCUGUAAAGUAAAUGCUGAUGACACGCAGGCUGAGUCUUUCAGGGCCAGCACUUACACCAGGUUCCCUGAAGAUUACACAGAAAGUAAUGCAUUACCUAACGUUGGCAUACUCCCUGAGUUACAUAUUAACAUAGACGUGCUGGAGUCUAGUGUGUGUGCAGUCCCUAAAGAAAGAGAGAGCUGUAGUUCAGAACUAGUAAGUCCGAUGGGUGAUUCGAAUGUUAAUUUAGUUAAUGACACUUCAAAUGUGGAAAAAAAUGGUGAGUCUGGGACUGUAACAGCUAGUGUAGAUCAGAAUUUAAACUCUGAAAAGGAAGGAGAAAAUAACUCUGUAAAACCACUAAAAGAUAAUCAUUGUUCCACCUUAGAUAUUAGCAGAUCAGCCAGUAGUCUCCUUUCCAUAAAUCUGGAUAGAAUUAAUUUAAGUUCAAGAAGAUGUAUCACUUCAUUGAGCUUUGGAAAUGAGCAUAUUCCCAUUCAUGCUAAUUUCCAAGAAACAGCCCCUAACAGAAUUGCUGGUUCCGGACCUGAACACCUCCUGGGGCCAGUGAUUGAGGAGCAGCACUGGGGGGACUAUAGCCUGGAAACUGGGAGCAUCCAGCUUUCAAACAAAGGAGAGUUGUUUUUGGAAUCUGAAAAUAGAUCAUCUUAUCAAGAUGAGGAUAAAAUUAGCAUUUUUGAAGAUGAAGGUUGUGGUAAGAGGGCUUUUGAAUGGAGACCUUCGUGUCAGGUAGAUCUCUUUGUAGGUGCUGGGGCCGGCAAGGUCCAGGCACAGAUCUGUGAUUUAACUCAUGCAAUGCGGGAAACAGAAGAGGAGAGAAUGUUCCAAAGAAUAGACACCAUGGGACUCAGAAGUUCACAGGAAGCGCCCUCAGAUGACGAGUCACUUGAUGGCGCCAGAUGUCGUAAGAAUAACUUUAUUUCCUCUGCAUUUAUUUUCACUUGCACUGAAGAAGAAAGUGAAACAGGCCUGAAUUAUAAAGCAGAAGGUAAAAUGUGUGUGCAUAGUUCAGGGAGUGACCUUGACAGAUUAGAAAGUGCUGAAAAAGAAUCACAAAAAGCUAAUCCCAGAGAGAGAAGUAAAAAUGAUAUAGAAAAUGUCAAAUCAGACUCUAAAACAACCUUUGACUGGGAAACAGAUACCCUAAAAUGCAAGGCAGCACCCAUUCAGGAUGUACUGGCUUGUGCUGGUUCUAGGAUAACAGAAAUCCCUGAUUUUGAAACAAAUCAAAUAGAAAAAAAUAAUGAAAGCCAUAGAGUGAGUGACUACAGAUGUGAAGAUCUUAAUCUUGUACCACCUUUAAACCAAAGUUCGAAUUCAGCUGUACAGAGGUCGGAAGUAGAGAUUGACUCUGUUAACAGUGAUAGAAAUCUGGGACUGAAGCAGAUUUUCUCCGAAUCAGCCAGAGAAGUUUCUGGUGGCUUUGGUAGUGCGUCGGGGGUGAGCGAACCAAAACUAACAGAUAAGGAAGAAGAAAAGAGACUUUAUUUGGAGAAAGACAGCAGUGAUCCCAGCAUCGUCGACUGUGUAGGUCCAUGUGGGGCAAGCAGACAUGCACAGCACUGCACACAAGGAAAUGUUGAGCCCACCAUUAAAGGACCCACGUUAAACAGUGGAGUGGAUUUUCUGGGACGCCCAGAGGUGAUUUUUGGAAAAAUGGAGUUGUGUGACACUCUUGAGGGGCAUUCUUGUUUGGCUGGUGUCGAUUCUGCCCUAGUGGACAGAUACACAGCUGCUCCUCAUGAUAUACUGCAGGUAGUUCCUGUCAUCCCAGGUGACAGCAGAGACGACCAUGUUUUAUCAUUCACAGAAGAUGCUGUACAUAUAGCUGAAAACCCCUCAAAAGGGGAUUUGCAGAGCUUCCCAGAGAAAUUGUACUCCCAGUUUUUGAAUGAACUUUCCUGUUACCCGAUGGGAGGCUUGUCAAGCCAGAUAUUUUCCGAAAGACUGGCGGAUGGUUGUGGAUAUCAAGGGGGCUGUCUCUGGACUGGUACAGUUGCGAAAGGCGGGUUAGAAGAUGAACAGAUGUUCAGUGACGACCUGCGCAGUGAGCAGCAGGACUUAGAGAUCACCUUGUUUUGGAUGGAAAAGCCCCCUCAUCAGCCUCCAGUGGCACAAGAUGGUGUUAUUUGGGGAUGGCAAAACAGAGGUGGACAGUUAGUACCAACAGCCAAGGUAUCAGAGCUCAACCCUAAUGCAAAAGUGUGGGGGACUCACAUGCUACAUGUGGAAGCAAGUAGUGCAGCAGACAGCGGUGUGAGUGCAGCUUGGGAGGAGACGCACGGCCGUCGCACAGACAGCGGCCAGGAGGGAUUGGAUGCCAGUGGUGAUGGUGACAAAAGUCAUGACAAUGCAGCACUAUCAGAUUUACAGGAGUCAAACCAAACAGCUAUGAACACUUUGGCCCUGGAUCACUCAGAAUAUGAGUCUCCACCUGAAAAUAGCGAAACAGGAGGAAAUGAGUCUCAACCAGAAAGCCAGGAAGACCCUCGAGAAGUACUUAAAAAAACAUUGGAAUUCUGCUUAUCUAGGGAGAACCUUGCUAGUGACAUGUACCUUAUAUCGCAGAUGGACAGUGAUCAGUACGUGCCAAUCACCACGGUAGCUAACCUGGACCACAUCAAGAAGCUCAGCACCGACAUGGACUUGAUUGUCGAAGUGCUGAGAUCUUUACCUUUAGUCCAAGUGGAUGAGAAGGGAGAAAAAGUAAGGCCGAAUCAAAAUCGUUGUAUAGUAAUACUGCGGGAGAUCCCCGAGUCCACCCCUGUAGAAGAAGUAGAAGCACUAUUUAAAGGAGCUAAUUUACCGAAAUUUAUAAACUGUGAAUUUGCCUAUAAUGAUAAUUGGUUUAUUACAUUUGAAACAGAAGCUGAUGCACAGCAGGCUUACAAAUAUUUGCGAGAAGAAGUGAAAACUUUUCAAGGAAAACCAAUUAAGGCACGGAUAAAAGCAAAGGCAAUAGCUAUAAACACAUUUUUGCCAAAGAACGGAUUCAGACCUCUGGACAUGAGCCUUUACACGCAGCAGCGAUACACGGCCUCCUUUUACUUACCUCCGGUCUACGGCCCCCAGCAGCAGUUCCCUCUCUACAGCCUGAUCGCCCCUCAGACGUGGUCGGCAGCGCACAGCUAUCUCGACCCACCCCUGGUAACUCCAUUUCCAAGUACUGGAUUUAUAAAUGGGUUUACGUCUCCAACCUUCAAACCCGCAGCAUCUCCUCUGACUUCACUCAGACAGUACCCUCCGAGAAGCAGGCAAGUUCUGAAUCCUAGUAAGUCUCAUCUACGCCAUGCCAUUCCCAGUGCAGAGAGGGGACCCGGGCUGUUAGAAAGUCCUUCGAUAUUUAACUUCACUGCGGAUCGGCUACUCAACGGUGUCCGGAGCCCACAAACGAGGCCGACAGGCCAACCUAGAACACGGGUACAGAACCCUCCCACCUAUGCUAAGAGAGACAUUGGAACUGGGCGAGUGGAACAGAGCAGUCUGGAGUCCUCUCCUGGUUUGGGUAGAGGAAGGAAAAAUUCCUUUGGUUACCGGAAGAAAAGGGAGGAAAAGUUUACAAGGAGUCAAACUCAGUCUCCAACGCCACCAAAGCCUCCGUCUCCGAGCUUCGAAUUAGGGCUGUCCAACUUCCCCCCACUGCCUGGGGCAGCAGGCCACUUGAAGACAGAGGACUUGUCUAGCUUGCUAAUAGGAUCAUCAAAAGAAAGGAGCCUCAAUGCGGAUGCAAGCACGAACACUCCUCCCGCAGUGACCCCCCGAGAGCCCUCAGUGCCAGCCCCCUGCACUGUGUCGGCAGCCUGUGCGCGCUCCCCUUCCCCCACCCACCUACCCGAGGAUCCCAAGGUGGUCGAGAAGCAGAGGGAAACCCCAAGUAUGGACAGACUUCCUUCUACCCUGACUACAACUGCAAGUAAAUCGGUGCAGGUGAACGGCGCUGCCACGGAAUUGCGAAAACCCAGCUAUGCGGAGAUUUGUCAGAGGACGAGUAGAGAGCCUCCGGUGUCCCCGUUGCAACCCCAAAAAGAACAAAAGCCAAACACUGUCGGUUGUGGGAAGGAAGAAAAGAAGCUUCCUGAGAGAGAGCCCCCUACCCCCAAGUCCAACCCGGGACCACCCAAAGACCAGAGGAGGCCGCCGGGCCGCCGGCCUUCGCCACCGGCCACAGGGAAGCGUCCACACAGAGAACAGAGCACCCCUCCCAAGUCCCCCCAGUGAGCGCCGAGGGCUGGGAGGGCUGCGAGGAGUUGAGGUCGCCACAACUAAGCACUGUCCCACUCGGGACCGAGAAUGAGCCGCUGGUUAGGAGCUUGCAGUGGAGAGGAGGCCAUGAGAUGCCUGCAAGUUAUUUUUCUUCUAUGAGUCGGAUUUUCCCCCUCUUGAAAAAAAUCUAUUUUUCAGGAUUUAAUUAAUAUAAACCUUAUUUUAGGUUGGUGCUUAACUGGAGGUGAUGCAUAAGUCUGAUUUUUUUCAGGAUAGAAAAUGCAUUUAUCCUAACAAAUUGAUAUUUUUUAUUAAGCCUCCAUGUGGCUAUGAAUGCAAGCUAUAUAUAGUGAGUUUUUCUAAAUUAAGCGGAACUAUGCUACUUCGUUUUUUAAAAUAACUGGUUAGCAAGUGCAUAUCUCUAAGAUGUCCAUACCGACAGGUGAAGCUGAGGACAGUGGGAUUGAGGGCAUGAGGCGACGCUGUAAGUGGAGCCUGGAGAAGGCAUAGGGUCAGAUCGAGUCACACCCUGGCCUGGGAGUUAUACUUUCAUUCAGAAUCCUAACAAGUGAUUCUAGCAUUUUUUUUUUUAAAGAGUAUAGCCCGUUUUUGAUCUAUGGGGCAAAAUGAGCCUGCAGAGAGCACCCAAGAGAGCCUUGAAACCUCAAGUUUGAUGUACUGCAAGCAGUAACCAGCUUCUCACUCCAGUCUCAAGUGGCUAUUAUGUAAGAUAAAUUCAAAGCACAGUGUGAAUAGAAUUAAAUGAAAACAUAAACUUUGCUGCCCACUGACAUGUUAUCACAAAGUUGUACCCUGAUGUUGUCUUGCUCCCACGAGCUAGCAGGGAGGAUGUGGGAGCCACGGUGGCUCCUGCGUCUCCCCCAUGUUAGUCAGCUCCCGUGGGCACCUUCCCGUACCUCUGAAUCGGCACGCAGACCGAGACGUUGCAUAACUGUGAGAGAAUGGUAUUUGUGGUGCCCCUUUGGUGGUGGAGGAUGAAAACUCCCGCUCUCUUUACCUCCAAGACGAGGGUCUCAUUGAGUCCUCCUGGGUGUGCUGGGCUCGGAAGAACACGCAUGCACUGAAGCUAGCAGUUUAUAAUAAAGUUAAAUACAAAUUAUUUUGUUUUAAAAUGCCUAAAUUUUUUCUUUGAGUAUUCUAAGCAGCAGACGUUAAAAUAAGACUAUUUCCUGCUAAAUGUAACCAUACAGUUUAUUCCACAAAAUGUUAUUUAAUAAGACUGAGGAUUUUUUUAAAAAAAUUAUUUCCAUCCAAUAUUUAAAGACUUGAAUUUUAUUUAAACUUGAAAAUGACUUUGCCUUAACUUUUGUAUAAGACAGCAUAGAGUUGAUGGAGACCGGCCCCUGGGUUGGCAUGAGUCGAGUACAGAGUUACUCAGUUACGUGGGAUCUGCUGGCGCUAGUUUUACUGAGUAAGCAUACGGUAGUGUGAGAACUAGCAGCAUUGUUUGUAAUAUACCUUGAAGAUCUUAAACAGUUGACCUUUUUCAGAUUGUUGAAAGCCCUGUAAAUGCGGAUAGUCGAUACUGUAUUAAAUAUGUGCACUUGGAGUGUGUGCUUUGCCUGUACAGUUGUAAAUAAUCAGAACAUAUUAAAAAGGUACCCUAAAGAGAAAAUCUGAUAAAAAUUAUUGAUAUAUUAUAAAUGUUGCUAUUGAGCUGGAUGUAGAUAAACUAAAUGUUGUGGUUUGAAUAUUAUUUUAAUUUGUUGAGGUUUUUUCCUUUUUCUCCUAUGCCGGUGUGUUGAACUGAUUCUGCCUCUUUGCUGCUGCAAAAGGGAAAUGGAAAGUCUUAUUAAAGCCUUCAGAUGUCUCCAUGCUCUUCUUAAAAGUAUGUAAAUAUGUACUAAUCAUAGCUGAUGUGAAAGGGUUUUGAAGUAUAAUAUUGAAAGCAGACACUUGCAGGGUCUGCAAGGGAAAGUAAAAAUAAUCUACUGCUUAAAUCUGGAAUAGCUGAGUAUGAUUUCCCCUGCCAGAGGGAAAGGCGCCCUGGUGCAUUUGACCAUCUCCUUCAUUCAGUACCUAGAAAUACACACAGUGCUAAUAGUUUACAAAUGCUGGUAAAAGGAAAAUGGGACUUUACUUCUUUGUAGUUGUCAGACUGCUGACUAAAACAUCAGGAAUAACUGACCUCUUACACCCAAACUGAUGAGUACUGUAUACAGCGUUGGAAGGGCAUGCUCCAAGCCCUAGGAAUUCCUUAAUGUCGCAGUCUUUGCUGGAAGAGGGAGCGGAUGUUGUCAGCCAUCAUCAUCCCCCAAAUCACAAACCCUGUGGAGCUGAGACACUGGUUCUCAAUGAUGACAAAUCCUUUCCCUGGAGGCAGGUGUGUGCUAGAGCCAGCUGUAGCGAUCUGCUCUUUGUUGGCAGACAGCAUGACGGUGGGCCCCUGAGGUAGCAGCCAAUCGUGUGGCAGGCGGUGCCUGAGAGGCGCAGGGUGGAUUCUGCUGCGUCCCUGCUGGCUCAGUGUGCUGUGUUUACUGCUCCUGCAGCCAGUCUGUUGCAUCGAGAGUUGAAACCUCGCUCUGAUGUGAUUUUUAUAGCAUCCUUUUUAAUUAAGCAAAGGUAAUAUGCCAAAUACUUCUAUAAUGUCUACAACACGACCUUUCUGACAUUGCUCUGAGAUGUCCCUUCACAGAAAGGAAUGGGAGUUCACAACGGGAAGCUGUGAUACGGCACACAGACAGCGGCUCCAUCACACGCAGCCAGUAGUGUGUGGCUUUCGUACAUUUUUUAAAAUUUAACUCUUUCCUUUCCCCCAGCAGUAUCUCAAGGUAUAGAAUCAGAUGCAGCAAUCACAAAUGACAUUUUAACUUGUAAAAUUGUGAGGUGAUGCUUGUCAUCUGGAAAUAUGAGAAUCUGGCUUUUUUCACUAGACAUGAAUUUCAAGUAGAAUAGUUCCUUUUUAAGAGUUAGUGUCAUGAUGUUUCUGAUCAGCCCUUCCUGUAAUCACAUCACUGGUUGUCAUUAGCAGGUGGCAAAAGAUGUUUUAUGUUGCUGCGUUAGUCAGGACCGCUGCAGUUUACAUUUAAAAACUGGCUCAGUUUCUGCAAGGGCGGCAGGUGAGGAAGGUGCGUGCCUGUCUUUGUACCAGCCGUCAGUGUGCUCUAGUUAGGGUCCAUGUACUUCAAGGCCUCUUACCCAGAAAGCAGCAGACAAUCGAAGACGGAAGGAGAGCCAACAGCUGCCAAUUCACACAACGCAAGUGUAAUGUGGAAGCUUUCUUGAAGGUUUUUGUUUUUGUUCUAAUUCUUUUCAUUAAGACUGGAAUCAAGCUUACAUGUAAACUAUUGGUAAUUUAAGUUUCCUUUUGUGUCAUUCAGUGUAAAACUGUCUAAUUUGAAAAAAAAUGUAGGUUAUGAAAAAUAAAGAUUUAGGCACUGUUCAA